AUGCAUAUUGCUAACAACCAUAGAAAUCAGUAUAAAACUAGCCGAGAUAUGAGGCUUGGAAGAUGA